AUGGCGGCGCAUAAAACAUUCAUUAUUAAGCGUAAAUUGGCUAAGAAGGCAAAACAAAAUAGGCAAACCAUUACCCCAAUGGGCUCGUAUGAAGACGGGAAGCAAGAUCCGCUACAAUGCGAAAAGAAGACAUUGGCGCCGAACUAA